GAUCGCUGGAAGUGUUCACCGCCUCAGUGACAAUCGUUGGAAGUGUUCGCUUUCUACGGGUGAUUCUCUCGAGGUCUCAAAAAUGACGUUUUUCCACUUUGGAAAUUGUAUUGCUUUGGCUUAUGGACCAUAUUUCCUUACUUAUAAAUAUUCAGGAAUGCCAGAGUAUGGAGGAUUCUGGAAGUGUGCACAAGUUGGUGGCAUGUACAUGCUCACACAACUUUGCAAGAUGCUCCUACUUGCAACAUUCUUUCCAACAUCAGAUGGCCCACCUGAAACUGCAAGCUUGGCAACGGAAUUGGUGAAAACAACAGUAGACUUUGGGGAUGUGAUGGGUCUUAGCAUCGUAAUGGGUCGAGUGCCAGGGGCAGGACACAUUAAAAUAUUGAUUACUGGCCUAGGAUGGGCUGCUGCAGACCUCCUCCUGACUCGGGCUCUUCCACUUUGGGUUGGUGCCCGUGGCUUGGAAUUUGAUUGGAAAUACAUUCAGAUCAGUCUGGAUGCUAACAUAAGUCUGGUACAUCACUUAAAUAUGGCACUGCUUGUCUGGCUCUGGUGGCGAAGUGAUUUGGCAGCAGCAGUUCGACCCAUUGUAGCUGUGUUGAUUGCAGGCUGUAUUUACAGACCACUCUUACCCCAAAUGCUGGCAAUUUUGCUUGGUUCUCGUCCACUUGGCUUUGGCCUCUUGGCUGCCUGUGCAACACCUACACUGUGUACAGCUCUUAUAGCAUGUCACAUCUUCAUCACACACAGUGCAUCUUUCCGCUGAAAGUACCGUAUUGGAAGACUUCGAUCAACCAGCACUACAUGAAACUACUUAAAAAUAAAGCGGAUUUCUACAUUAUCAGUUUUUAUAUACAAGUCAAAUCCAGUGCUGCUUGCUGGUGUACAUGGAAAAGGCAGAUAGCAGAAAUUACAGUCUAUAUCGAGGCUAUCUGCUGAGAACUACUCUACGUACUUCUAAUUCUGGCUAGAUAGUUUACGUUGGAUAGUACAGCAGAAGGCUCUCAGUAGUGUGUGGGAGCGGACAACGUUGCUACUCCAGGGAAAGGCAGAAGAGAUGAAAGGACGGAGAGGGGAGAAGUGCUAAGAGACGUGGGAUGGAGGAUGCUGUGAGAAGAGGGAGAGGGCAGAAGACGAC